GGCCAGGACCUCCCACCCCCUCCUGUCUUCACUCCUUAUUUCCAGGACGGGGAAUUGUAACUGGACACAUAACUAAGCUGACCUUUAGAGUCUCUUAUUGUCUGUCAUGAAUCAAGGCAUUGCGAGUAGAGACAACUGUUGCUUGAGGAAGUGACACCCUUGAGUUGCCGGCGUGACCCGUCGUUGCUGCAGAAUGUGUUUACUGUUAUCCGCCUCACUCUGGUUGCCAAGUCUCAGCUACUGUUUGAUCGUGGUGAUGAUAGGCUGAAUGAGCCCAAAAAAACAAACAAACGCAAAACACACACUAAUGGAUUCUGGAACUCCGCUCUCCCUGUCACUCUUCAUGAGGGCGUUCAUGAUUUCUGCCACAGCAUCAGCACUCAACCUUGAAGGCGAACUGUUUAAGGAUUUGAUGAAGGGUUACAACAAGAACGUCCGGCCCAUGGAAAACAGUGGUGACAUCACUCAGGUCGACAUCAAGAUGACGCUUACCAACCUCAUCUCUCUGAAUGAAAAGGAGGAGGCUCUGACAACAAGCGUCUGGAUAGAAAUGCAAUGGUGUGACUACAGGCUCAGGUGGGACCAGCCACCCAGAUCAGCCCUGUAUGGGAACAUCACCUCUCAGAUGCGGAUUCCCUCCAAGAGCAUCUGGCUGCCAGAUGUCAUACUGGAGAACAAUGUGGAUGGACAAUUUGAGGUGGCACUUUAUUGCAAUGCACUGGUGUCUCCUGAUGGCUGUGUGUACUGGCUGCCUCCUGCAAUCUACCGCAGUGCCUGUGCCAUCACUGUCAACUACUUCCCAUUUGACUGGCAGAACUGCACCAUGGUCUUCCGCUCGCAGACUUACAGUGCCAACGAGAUCAAACUGGUUCUCAAAGAGGAGGAUAACCACACGCUAGAGUGGGUGGAUAUUGACCCGGAGGCUUUUACAGAAAAUGGAGAGUGGGCCAUCAAACACAGGCCGGCUAAGAAGGUGAUCAACACUCAUUACACUAAGGACGAGCUGGAGUACCAGGAGGUGGUCUUCUUCCUCAUCAUCCAGAGAAAGCCCCUCUUCUACGUCAUCAACAUCAUCGCACCCUGUGUGCUCUUCUCCUCCCUCGGCCUGCUUGUCUACUACUUACCUGGGAAAGCGGGUGGUCAGAAGUGCACCAUGUCUAUCGCCACUCUUCUGGGCCAGACUGUGUUCCUCUUCCUUAUUGCUAAAAAGGUUCCAGAGACUUCGAGGGCAGUGCCUCUUAUUGGAAAGUAUUUGAUGUUUGUGAUGUCAGUGACCACCAUGGUGGUGAUGAACUGCGUGAUAGUCCUCAACGUUUCCCUGAGAACCCCAAACACUCACAUAAUGACCGACAAAGUCCGAAAGAUUUUCUUAAACAUCCUGCCUCGGCUGCUGAGGAUGCAGAUGCAACCCUGGAUACCAAGCGGUGACAGACAGACUUCAGAAACUGGAAACGGUGAAACUCUGGCUACAGAUAGGAACGGCUUGCUCCUGGUCCCCUGCCGACGCCGCAGCUCCAUGACGCUCAUCACCAAGGCAGAGGAAUAUUCUAUGAAAACAGCUCGGUCUGAACUCAUGUUUGCCAGACUCAAAGAAAGAAACGGGCUGAUGAAAUCAGUAUUAGAGAAGCUACAUGAUGGGCUGCAGGGGGGUACAGCUGAGCAGCUCAGUGCCAGCCUGGCAAAUGCCUCUCCACAGCUGAAGCAGUGUGUGGCCUCCUGCAAACACAUAGCCGAGACUGCAAGGCAACAGAAUAACUUCCAGAAUGAGAACGAAGAGUGGUUUCUGGUGGCCCGGGUGAUCGACAGGGUGUGCUUUAUUGUCAUGGUGUCUGUGUUUUUUAUCGGUACGAUUGGCAUCUUCCUGAUGGGCCACUUCAACCAGCCUCCCUCCUCGCCUUUCCUCGGGGAUCCUAAGAAGUAUCUCCCUCCAACAAACAACCUCACUGAUCCCACUGAAAGUGGGAUAGGAGCAAACUCCCUGGGGUGAACCGGGAGAAAAUCUCCAGAUUGUAUUCCUUUAAUCGCAGUGGGAAUCUGACGCCGUCCGUCGGUGAUCUUUCACUAAUGACUGGUACACAGAGAGACUGGAGAAGAUGUGGGGGUCUGUGGACAAAGGUUAAGUCAAACAUGCUUGUUCACGGCAAUAAAGGAUCCACUGCACAGAUGUGGAUCCAUGGUGACGCAUACUGGUAUCAGCUGUGACUGAUUGUUGAGGUUGAUGAUGUUUUUUUUGCAUAAAAGUUGUAUAAGAAAUGCAAGGGCAUGUUCCUUUGCUCUUCCUGUUCCCAGCUCAGUUUUUGAUGUAAAUUGCCUUUUCGUUUUGAUCAAGUUGAAGGCCAUCGUGAUGUACUACAUGAGACAUUUGUUGAUCACACGUGUAACAGUAAACAAUGUGCCAAAUGAAUGCUUUUAUCAAUAAAAGUACAACUGUAAUCUCA